AUGCUCACCCUAAAGUCUAAUAAGGCCAUUGUUGCCAUUACCCUUUUCUUCUCAGCUGCUUCCGCCUUGAACGCAUCCUGUGCUCCCGGUGGCAAUUUUGACCUCAGCAAAUUCGUUCUUCAGUUGCCAAGCGGCAGCACCAACAAUCCAGAUCAAAUAUCCGCCUCACGCCUCGCGGGUUGCGGUGGCUACCAAGAUCCUGGCCACCAUUACUUCUUCACCGAGUCUGGCGAUGGUGCCAUGGUCAUGAAGGCUCCUGGAGGAGGAAACUGUGCUACCUUCCCAGGUGCACCGCGCUGCCGCUCCGAAUUUGGCGAGACUAAUCCAUGGAGCUCUAGUGCUGCAACCAACCGCCUGACGGCUGACCUCCUCGUCACCGGUGGUAGCAGCAUCUGCAUUGGCCAGGUGUUCCAGUCGAACUCCAACAACAAGCCUCUUGCUGAGGUUUACUAUAACGGCAAUGGCCAAAUCACGGUCGGUGUUGAGUUUGUUGCAACCGGGGGCCAGGGCCAGGACUUGAACAAGAUUGGCACUGUCACUCCUGGCAGCCGAUUCAAUUAUGAGCUGCGCUUUGAGAGUGGUGUGCUCUCAUUCUCUCUUAACGGUGGAGCAUUCAAGACCCUGAAGCAAUACUUCACUACAAGCAAGGCCUUUUUCAAGAUGGGCAACUAUAAUCAAGGUGGCGACGACUCUGAUAUCCAUGUCUUCGGCCUAACUGUUCAGCACUAG